UUUGUAACAGCCGAAGCACGCGGACGCCCUUCCCUGACUUUUAAACAAAACUGCUAGAAUUUAGUCGGUUCAUUUAUUGUGAAAGUAAAAGGAAGUCUCGAGAUGUGGGGGUGCAAAUAAUGGAAAUAUGAAGAACAAAAAGUAAUCAUAUAAAAGUGCAUAAAAAGUAUAGUAAAGAAUAGUGUAUUAAAAUAGAAGAGAAAAAAUAGAAAAAAAAACAACAACAUUAUAAAAAUAAAUAAUAAUUAAAUUUAAAUAUGACAAUGUUUUGCAAGACAUCCUUGUGGUUUAUCACGCUGGUAUGCUGCCUUGCGCGGUUGGCAAGUGGCUACGAAAUGAAUAUGACCGAGUACUUUAAAAUGCCGAAUUUGUAUGACUUUGACGAUUACGAUCGUUGUUUAGAAGAGUAUAAAAGCGAGCAAACAUAUUGCUUUGUGCGUGCCGAGGUUCUGCCGCAAGCCGACUCGGAGGCGUGGCGAGCGAUCACCGACAUAUCGAAAUACCACAAACAUCACUUCGAUCACAGGCACUUGUAUUUUGGUCUAUGUCUGCGCUGGUGCGAGGAGGAUUUGGCAGAUGUCAAAGUAGAUGUGGUCAAAGAACUUUACGCUGGUCUACUCACCAACAACAGCAAGCUCAAUACAUAUGUUAAUUUGUUCAGCGCCGAGGCGACGAAUCGCCAGCGAUAUAAUACCUUACUGAACCAAUGCAUUAAUUUGAAAUUACAACAAACACAUGGACUAAAGGCGCUGAGCAUGAUUGAAUAUUGCGAAACCAAUUAUAAAACUGUCGAAAUGGAUGCGUGGAAUCUCACCUUUUACACAACCACUUUGGUGUUGAUUUUUUUGGUAGCCGCCAGCAGUUUAUUCGACUUAUACUGCAAGUACACGCCCGGAGACAAGGAAAUAUCCAAAAAGGAUCACUACAAAAGCGCGAUAACGGGACGAGUGAAGCGUUUGUGUGUGAGUUUCUCCAUUGUGCGCAAUUGGUAUAGGCUGAAUCAGGAGCCUGUCGGCAAAUUGGGACGCGAUCUACGUUUUCUCGAUUGCUUCAAAUUUUUCUGCAUGUUCUUGGUGGUUUUCGCACACACCAAUUGGAUACUGUACGAAGGCGCCAUGAGUAAUCCACAGGACAAUGAGCGUUUGCUGCACACAGUUGCUGGCACACUGCUGAUAUCGGGCGGUUUAAUUACGAUCACUUUCUUUGUGUUUAGCGGCUUAUUGCUCACCAUCAAUUGGAUAGAGUUGACAAAAAUUAAGAAUGACUUGAGCAAUAGAGAGUAUGUGGAGGUGUUUAUGAAGUUCAACAUUUUUCGCUAUUUGCGUUUGACUGCACCAUAUGCUUUUGUCAUCUUAUUGAGCGGCGUGUACUUUGAAAAUCCUGGUGGGCCACUUUGGCGACACAUUGUGGAGCGCGAGCAGCUCACUUGUCGCAAAAAUUGGUGGGUUAAUCUGCUCUACAUCAAUAACUACUAUCGCAAUAAUGAGAAGUGUAUGCUCCAGAGUUGGUAUCUGGCUUCCGAUACUUUCUCAUUUAUGAUAUCAUUGCUCUUACUGAUUUUGGCGCACAAAUGGCCGCACAUGCGCAACUGGCUGUUUGGUUAUGUUGGCGGAUUUUUCUAUGUGCUGCCCGGCUUUAUAGCAUACUUCGGCGACUACGAUCCCUUCUUUGUGCCAUCGCCACAAACGCAAAAGGACUCGUUUAUAGACGAUCGCGAAUUCAGCGAUUUCUAUGCGCCGUUUCACAUGAAUUUCGCUUGCUAUUUUUGCGGCGUGCUUGCCGCCAUCGCAUACAGGGAAAUUUCGGAAAAACAAUUUAAAUUGCAUAAAAACAAAUUGUUCCAAUGCCUUUGGUACGCCCUCAUACCGAUUGGUGUGCUGUGGCUUCUAUCGGCGCAUCCCAUUUAUCAGCACUACUACGAGGAACAACCACGAUUUUGGAAUAGCAUUUAUGCUGCCAUACAACGCAACAACUGGGGGCUGGGUCUGGGCGUAUUUGUUGUGGGCAUGGCUUGCAAAGUUGGCGGCUUAUUCCGCAAGUUUUCUUGCCUGCCCAUCUUCCGCAUUUUGGGACGUCUUACAUACGGCGCCUUCGUGAUACAUAUAUUCGUGUCACGCGUUGUGUUGGGCACUUUGAGAACGCCGCUCUACUUUGGCACUGGCGUUAUGUUCUACUUUAUACUCGCCACUAUGGUGGUUUCUUAUCUACUAUCUCUAGUAUUGGCUGUUUUGGUUGAAUUGCCCACUUCUGCACUGCUGAAGCUAAUGCGUUGAUUUUAAAAAUUAAUUGCGCUUGCCACAGUUGCCCAACUAAUGGAAAUGCAUGCCAAUAAUUGUGUUACGAAAGACUUAUCUCAUAAAAUCAAUCUACCUAUCACUUGUAUUACUUAGUUUGACUAAGGAGAUUUUUUAUUUAUAAAUAUAUACAUAUAUUUUUCAUA